UCGUCUACUCGAAUCAACAGAAGAUUCAUCCCGCCAGAACACUAUGGAGGUAAACAGCGUUCUGCACUCCCCAAAACCCUAGUCCUCUCUCUCACCACUUGCAACUCUCUCUCCUCCCUCUACACAGCUCCAGACGCCGCAUUAGCACAGCACCAAGAAGAUGAGCUACGCAGCGUUCAAGAUGAUGCACUUGCCGACCGGCAUCGAGAACUGCGCGUCGGGAUUCAUCACGCAUUGCAGCGCCGACUCCGCCGCGCGGAUGCCGACGAUUCAGACCGACGAUCUCGACGCCGACUGGCCUCCGGAGAACGCCGCCGGCCCCGUUCCCAACCUCGUCGUUACCGCCGGCAACGUUUUGGAAAUUUACGUCGUUAGGGUUCAAGAAGAGGGCGGCAGGGAAGCCAGAGGCGCGGCGGAAGCCAAGCGCGGUGGCGUAAUGGCGGGGAUAUCUGGGGCUUCGCUCGAGCUCGUUUGCCAUUAUAGGUUGCAUGGUAAUGUUGAAACAAUGGCAAUAUUAUCUGCAGCAGGUGGUGAGGGUGGUAGGAAAAGAGAUUCAAUCAUCUUAGCGUUUCAGGAUGCAAAAAUGUCGGUUCUAGAGUUUGAUGACUCAAUUCAUGGACUUCGGACAAGCUCUAUGCAUUGUUUUGAGGGUCCAGAUUGGCUUCAUCUGAAAAGAGGAAGAGAAUCUUUCACAAGAGGCCCAUUGGUGAAGCCUGAUCCUCAGGGAAGGUGUGCUGGGGUUCUUGUUUACGGUCUACAAAUGAUUAUACUUAAGGCAGCUGAGGCUGGUUCUGGUUUGGUUUCUGAAGAGAAUGCCUUGACUACCGGAGGUGCAGUCCCUGCUCGUGUUGAGUCGUCAUAUGUAGUCAGUUUACGAUGUCUGGACAUGAAGCAUGUAAAGGAUUUUAUAUUUCUACAUGGAUACAUUGAACCUGUAAUGGUCAUCCUUCAUGAGAGGGAGCUCACAUGGGCUGGCCGUGUCUCGUGGAAGCAUCAUACCUGCAUGAUUUCUGCUCUAAGUAUUAGCACAACUUUGAGGCAGCAUCCACUUAUAUGGUCAGCCGCUAAUCUCCCUUAUGAUGCGUACAAGCUUCUUGCUGUGCCAUCUCCAAUUGGUGGAGUUCUCGUGCUUAGUGCAAAUACUGUUCAUUAUCACAGUCAGUCUGCAUCAUGCAUGUUGGCUUUGAACAACUUCGCUGUUUCCGUUGGUAGCAGCCAAGAGAUGCCAAGAUCAAGUUUCAGUGUAGAGCUUGACGCUGCCAAUGCAACUUGGUUAUUAAACGACGUGGCCAUGCUGUCAACUAAAACUGGGGAACUACUUCUGCUGACUCUUGUGUAUGAUGGGCGCGUUGUGCAGAGACUUGAUCUUUCAAAGUCUAGAGCUUCAGUGCUUACUUCGGGAAUGGCGACACUUGGAAACUCAUUGUUUUUUUUGGGUAGUCGGCUUGGAGAUAGUUUGCUUGUGCAGUUUUCUUGUGGCAUUGGAGCAUCAGCAUUGCCUCAUGGCAUGAAGGAAGAGGUUACGGAUAUUGAAGGAGAAAUCCCGUCAGCAAAGAGGUUACGGAGAUCACCUUCUGAUGCGUUACUGGAAAUGGUUAAUGGGGAGGAGCUUUCCUUAUAUGGUUCAGGUCCAAGUAAUGCACAGUCAGCACAGAAGACAUUUUCAUUUGCAGUGAGAGAUUCACUGAUCAAUGUUGGCCCUUUGAAAGAUUUCUCGAAUGGUUUACGGAUUAAUGCUGAUCUCAGUGCAACGGGGAUUGCUAAGCAAAGCAAUUAUGAGCUGGUUUGCUGUUCUGGUCACGGUAAGAAUGGUACUCUCUGUGUGCUUCAGCAGUCAAUUCGGCCAGAAACGAUUACUCAGGAACAAUUACCUGGUUGUAAAGGACUCUGGACUGUUUACCACAAGAACACACGCAGUCAUAGUGUUGACUCUGCAAAGAUGGGUUUGGAGGAUGAUGAAUACCAUGCAUAUUUGAUUAUUAGUUUGGAGACUCGUACUAUGGUAUUAGAGGCAGCUAGUAACCUAGAGGAAGUUACCGAAACCGUAGGCUACUAUGUGCAGGGAAGUACAAUUGCUGCAGGAAAUCUCUUUGGAAGGCGGCGAGUUGUCCAAGUCUUUGCUCGUGGUGCUAGAAUUCUUGAUGGUGCUUUUAUGACUCAAGAUUUAAGCUUUCGAGCUCCAAACUCUGAAGCUGGUGCUGGGUCUGAAACCUUGACAGUAUCAUCUGUUGCUAUAGCUGAUCCAUACGUGUUACUGAAGAUGACUGAUGGAAGCAUUCAGCUUCUUGUUGGAGACCCUUCUACUUGCAUGGUUUCUUCCAGUGUGCCUACUGUACUUGAAAGCUCAAAGAAGACAAUAUCUGCUUGUACACUGUAUCGUGAUAAAGGACCGGAGCCCUGGCUCCGGAAGACAAGUACUGAUGCAUGGCUUUCCACUGGCAUAGAGGAGGCAAUUGAUGGGACCGAUGGUACAUCUCAUGAUCAGGGUGAUAUAUACUGCGUUGUUUGCUACGAAAGUGGUACUCUUGAAAUCUUUGAUGUUCCUAACUUCAGUUGUGUAUUCUCCGUGGAUGCAUUUGUGUCUGGAAAGACCUAUCUUCUAGACACCUUUAUCCAGGACCCGUCUGGCGAUCCUCAGAAACUUUUAAUUAAUGAUUCUGAAGAAUUGCCAGGCCAAGGCAGGAAAGAAAACACCCAUAACUUAAAGGUUGUUGAGUUGACCAUGCAAAGAUGGUCGGGACAGCAUAGUCGCCCUUAUCUUUUCGGAAUAUUGACGGAUGGAACUAUUCUUUGUUACCAUGCUUACCUCUUUGAAGCUUCAGAAAUUGCUUCUAAAAAUGAGGAAGUUGUUUCCGUUCAGAAUUCUGUCAACCUUAGCAGUGCAAGUACUUCUAGGCUUAGAAAUCUGAGAUUUGUUCGUGUUCCCUUGGAUUCAUACGCAAGAGAGGAAACAUUAUCUGGAACUCCAUGCCAACGAAUAACCAUCUUCAAAAAUGUUGGUGGUUACCAAGGUUUAUUCCUUUCUGGUUCAAGGCCAGCUUGGUUCAUGAUAUUCCGGGAACGGCUUCGGGUUCAUCCACAGCUCUGUGAUGGACCUAUUGUUGCCUUUGCUGUCCUUCACAAUGUGAACUGCAACCAUGGUCUUAUAUAUGUUACCUCACAGGGUAUUCUAAAGAUUUGCCAGCUGCCAUCAGUAUCAUGCUAUGACAACUAUUGGCCUGUACAAAAAAUUCCAUUGAAGUGUACUCCACAUCAAGUCACCUACUUUGCUGAGAAGAAUCUUUACCCACUUAUAGUUUCAGUGCCAGUUCUUAAGCCCUUGAAUCAAGUCCUGUCAUCUCUGAUUGAUCAAGAAGCAGGUCAACAGAUUGAGCAUGAUAGCUUGAGUUUUGAUGGCAGUUACAGUGUAGAUGAAUUUGAGGUCCGGAUUAUGGAACCAGAAAAGUCUGGUGGCCCUUGGCAGACUAGGGCUACAAUUCCAAUGCAAACUUCUGAAAAUGCUCUGACUCUGCGAGUGGUUACACUACUUAAUACAACAACGAAAGAGAACGUAACUCUUUUGGCAAUUGGAACUGCUUAUGUGCAAGGAGAGGAUGUCGCUGCAAGAGGGCGUGUGCUCUUGUUUUCUGUUGACAGAGAUCCAGAUAAUUCAGAGACUGUGGUUUCAGAGGUUUACUCAAAGGAGUCUAAGGGUGCUAUAUCUGCUCUAGCUUCACUUCAAGGUCAUUUGUUGAUUGCUUCUGGUCCUAAGAUUACCAUAAACAAGUGGACAGGGUCCGAGCUGACUGGUGUUGCCUUUUUCGAUGUUCCUGCUCUUUAUGUAGUGAGCAUAAACAUUGUUAAAAAUUUUAUCCUACUUGGUGACAUUCAUAAGAGCAUAUACUUUUUUAGUUGGAAGGAACCUCAACUAAGCUUGUUGGCCAAGGAUUUUGGCUCACUUGAUUGCUUCGCAACUGAGUUUCUAAUUGAUGGUAGUACACUCAGUCUUAUGGUUUCAGAUGAGCAAAAAAAUGUUCAGAUAUUCUAUUACGCACCGAAGAUGUCAGAGAGUUGGAAAGGACAGAAGCUUCUUUCAAGGGCUGAGUUUCAUGUUGGUGCCCAUGUGACCAAGUUCUUGCGGUUACAGAUGCUCCCUACUUCAUCCGAUCGAGCUACUUCUGGCUCUGAUAAAACCAAUCGAUUUGCUCUAGUAUUUGGAACCCUCGAUGGCAGCAUUGGUUGUAUUGCACCUCUAGAUGAACUUACAUUUCGGAGACUUCAGUCACUGCAGAAAAAGCUUAUUGAUGUUGUUCCCCAUGUUGCUGGACUAAACCCAAGGUCUUUCCGCCAGUUCCAUUCAAAUGGAAAAGCCCAUCGGCCUGGGCCUGACAGCAUAGUCGACUUUGAGUUGCUUUGCGACUUUGAGAUGAUCCCAUUGGAGGAACAGCUAGAGAUUGCGCAACAGAUUGGAACGACUCGGUCGCAGAUUAUCUCCAAUUUGAAUGACCUCACUCUAGGCACAAGCUUCUUGUGAUUCAGAAUGCAGAAAAGGAGUGUGAAACAGCUACAAGUGACUACACAUGCCUUGGCGGGCCCUACGUCAUGGUAUAUACCCCAUCGUUUCCAGCCAUAGUUGUUAAAUUGGCUCUUUCUUUGGACUAGUUUGUGGAAUGGGAAGAUCAGUGCAAGGGCCUAAUUUGUUUAUGGCUUCCCUUUGUUGUUUUGGGAUGGUAGAGAGUCGGUAUCGGAGGGAUCGUCUAGCGAUGAGAGAAAAUCCACCAAUUUGUUGUAACGUUACCCGUUGUUAUUAGUUCUGUUGUAUUCCAUAACUAUCAGGUUGCCGAAGCCAUAAUGGUAGAAUACAGUAGCAGUAUAUAAGAAUGCAAACCCUUGUAGUCCUUUGUUUUUUUCAAUCAUCUUUAGGCCUCGGUUA